AUAGUGGGCGCUAACGCUGUGCUCAGAAGGUGCGUGUAAACGGUGCGCAGAGAGCUCGGGAGCGCGCGUGUGCCUCGUGAGCGCGCCGUGCCCGCGCUGCGCCCAGUCAGUCCGGAGCUCCUGCUGCUGUCGCCGGUUCCGCUGUAAUGUAACGCCGAAUGGAGGCGUGCUGAGGACUUGCGGUGAAUUAAAGCGAAGCAGUCUGCUGCUCAGGACGAUCUCUGUGCUUCAGUGGAUUGUAAAGCUCGCCUAUGCGUUUGUGCCGAAUGCGAUAACCCCAGCACUCAGGCGUGAUUUGCACCAGUCGGGUCUCCAUAACGCAAGACGCACCGGACACCUUCAUGGCCGAGCGCAACUCCAGCGGAUUGGUGAUGAUGAUGAUGAUGAUGGAGCCGAGCCUCCCGGCGGAAGUGCGAGAGAAGCUGGCUGAGCUCGAGCUGGAGCUGUCUGAAGGCGACAUCACACAGAAGGGCUAUGAAAAGAAGAGAGGAAAGCUACUCGCACCCUACAUACCACAGAUGCAAGGUGUAGACCCGUCUCUGCAGACUGAUCCCCGUAUCUCAGCUUCCUCUCAGGCGGCUCCUCUCACUUCCAAACACAACAAACCCAGAGCAGCCAACUCACGGGACGAGCGUUUCAGAUCUGACCUACACACAGAAGCAGUGCAAGCAGCUUUAGCAAAAUAUAAAGAGAGAAAAAUGCCAAUGCCCUCGAAGAGACGGUCAGUUCUCGUCCAGUCCUCCGUAGAAGCCUGCACACCGCCUGACACAUCCUCAGCGUCAGAGGAUGAGGGAAGGAUGGCAUCGUCAUCACCGUUCCAGGCGCCAAACCCGAAUGUGGAACACUGGUUCAACCGCGUCAUUCAUCAUCACUGCUCAUCCACUUCCUCCUCCGCCUCCUCCACUUCAUCGUACCCAGGUGGGCGGAGCCAUCAUAGCUCUAACUCUGCCUCAAACUCUGCCACAGCUGCUACUGUUUUGGCUGACGUCAUGGCUCACACACAGCUCGAUAACCACUGUGCUCCUCCGGAUGUGACCGGUCUGGCUGAGCGUUCACAGGUAGCCUCAGUGAGAGGUCUUCCUCACGGAUACACACACACACACCCCAGCAGCGCUAUGGACACGGCUGACGGUGUCCCCGUGAACAGUCGUGUUUCGUCUAAAAUCCAGCAGCUCUUGAACACACUGAAGAGACCCAAGCGGCCGCCGCUGCGUGAGUUCUUCGUGGAUGAUUUCGAGGAGCUCCUGGAUGUCCAGCAGCCAGACCCUAACCAGCCCAAACCAGAGGGGGUCCAGAUGACUCCUCUGCAUGGUGAGCUGUUAGACAUAGGGACAAAAUGGCCACCGUCUCUCCUGUCCUCUCUGCAGCGAUGGGGAACAACACACCCUAAAAGUCCUUGUCUUACAUCACUAGACAACACUGGCAAACCCACCUACACCCUCACCUAUGGGAAGUUAUGGACACGCAGUCAAAAACUAGCAUACACGCUUCUGAACAAACUCAGCUCCCGGAACGAACCACUGCUGCGGCCUGGGGACAGGGUUGCCCUCGUUUUCCCUAACAACGACCCAGUGAUGUUCAUGGUGGCGUUUUACGGCUGUCUGUUGGCAGAGUUAGUGCCUGUGCCCAUAGAGGUGCCACUUACACGAAAGGAUGCGGGCAGUCAGCAAAUCGGGUUUCUCUUAGGCAGCUGUGGUGUGACUCUGGCUUUAACUACUGAUGUGUGUCAGAAAGGCCUUCCUAAAGCUCACACUGGAGAAGUGGCCACAUUUAAAGGUUGGCCUCGUUUGCUCUGGUUUGUUACCGAUGGGAAACAUGUUGUGAAACCCCCUAAAGACUGGAAUCCUCCAAUCAGAGACAGCAGCAAUGAGACAGCCUACAUUGAGUAUAAGACAAGCAAGGAAGGCAGCACAAUGGGCAUCACUGUGUCCCACACUGCCAUGUUGGCUCACUGCCAUGCGCUGACGCUGGCCUGCGGGUACACAGAGGGUGAAACCAUCACUAAUGUUCUAGACUUUAAGCGUGACGCAGGUCUUUGGCAUGGCGUUCUCACUAGUGUGAUGAACCGGAUGCACGUGAUCAGCAUCCCAUAUUCCCUGAUGAAAGUCAACCCUUUGAGCUGGAUCCAAAAAGUACACACCUACAAAGCGCGUGUUGCUGUGGUGAAGUCAAGGGACAUGCACUGGUCACUGCUGUCUCAGAGAGAUCAGAGAGAUGUCAGUCUGAGCUCAUUACGCAUGCUGAUUGUGGCAGAUGGAGCCAAUCCUUGGUCGAUCUCCUCCUGCGAUGCUUUCUUGAACGUGUUUCAGGCUCGAGGUUUAAGGCCUGAGGUGAUAUGUCCCUGUGCCAGCUCAGCCGAGGCUCUGACUGUCGCCAUCCGCAGGCCUCCAGAAAUGGGAGUCCCUCCACCAGGUAAAGCGGUUCUCUCUAUGAGCAGUCUGAGUCAUGGCGUGAUCCGAGUGGACACAGAGGAGAAACUGGCUGUACUCACACUGCAGGAUGUAGGACAAGUGAUGCCUGGAGCACUGGUAUGUGUGGUGCGACCAGAAGGAACGCCGUACCUCUGCAGGACGGACGAGGUGGGAGAGAUCUGUGUGAGCUCCUGCACUACGGGUGUGUCCUACUUCGGCCUGCCCGGCAUCACCAAGAACGUGUUUGAGACGAUUCCAGUGACCGCAUCUGGCUCUCCUGUUACUGAUCGCCCGUUCACUCGCACCUCGCUGCUGGGCUUCAUCGGACCGGACGACCUGCUGUUUGUUGUAGGGAAGAUGGACGGGCUGAUGGUCGUGAGUGGGCGGAGACAUAACGCUGAUGAUGUAGUGGCGACUGCACUGGCGGUGGAGCCAAUGAAAUUUGUCUACAGAGGACGGAUUGCUGUGUUCUCUGUGUGUGUGCUCCAUGAUGAGAGAAUCGUUGUGGUAGCAGAACAAAGACCAGAUGCAUCUGAGGAGGACAGCUUUCAGUGGAUGAGCCGAGUGCUGCAGGCGAUAGACAGCAUCCAUCAGGUGGGUGUGUACUGCCUAGCGCUGGUUCCUGCUAACACACUCCCCAAAGCAGCACUAGGUGGGAUUCAUGUGUCUGAGACGAAGCAACGUUUCCUGGAAGGAGCUCUGCACCCCUGCACCGUGCUUAUGAGCCCUCACACCUGCAUCACCAACCUGCCCAAACCUCGCCAAAAACAACCAGAGGUGGGUCCUGCCUCCAUGAUUGUGGGGAACCUGGUUGCUGGGAAGCGAAUCGCUCAGGCUUGUGGAAGAGACGUGACUCAGUUAGAGGAUCAUGAUCAGUUUCUGUACAUUCAGGAUGUUCUGCAGUGGAGAGCUCAGGCCACUCCCGAUCACCCGUUGUUCCUGCUGCUCAACGCCAAGGGUGCCGUGGCGAGCAAUGCGUCCUGUUUGCAGCUCCAUAAGCGUGCUGAACGUGUUGCUGUGGCUCUCGUGGAGCGUGGUAGACUGAACCCAGGCGAUCACAUCGCACUUGUUUACCCGCCCGGCAUUGACCUGAUUGCUACGUUUUACGGUUGUCUGUACGCCGGCUGUGUUCCUGUAACAGUCCGUCCCCCUCACCCACAGAACCUGGCUACGACGCUCCCCACCGUCAAGAUGAUCGUCGAGGUCAGUAAGUCAGUUUGCAUUCUGACCACACAAGCAAUAAUGAAGCUCCUGAAAUCUAAAGAAGCCUCAGCUGCCGUGGAUGUAAAGACGUGGCCGAUGGUACUAGACACAGAUGAUCUGCCCAGGAAGAAACUCGCACAGAUCUACAAGCCGCCGACUCCAGAGAUGCUCGCGUACCUGGACUUCAGUGUGUCCACUACAGGAAUACUCGCUGGAGUGAAGAUGUCUCACGCUGCUACCAGUGCCUUGUGUCGCUCCAUAAAGCUGCAGUGUGAGUUGUAUCCUUCACGACAGAUCGCCAUCUGCUUGGACCCGUACUGCGGCCUCGGCUUCGCUCUCUGGUGCCUCUGCAGUGUAUACUCAGGACACCAGUCUGUUCUGGUUCCUCCUCUGGAGUUGGAGAGUAACGUGUCUGUGUGGCUCUCGGCUGUGAGUCAGUAUAAAGUUCGCGUCACCUUCUGCUCGUACUCAGUGAUGGAUAUGUGCACUAAAGGCCUGGGCUCUCAGACUGAAGCUCUGCGGUUACGAAACAUCAACCUGUCGUGUGUGCGCACCUGCAUGGUGGUAGCCGAGGAGAGACCUCGAAUCGCUCUCACUCAGUCUUUUUCAAAGAUCUUUAAGGAUCUGGGCCUCUCGCCUCGAGCUGUCAGCACCACCUUCGGCUGCAGAGUCAACGUGGCCAUCUGCCUUCAGCCCAACAGACUGGGCAACCUGGCUGAUCAGGGUACAGCUGGUCCUGAUCCCACCACUGUCUAUGUGGACAUGAGAGCACUUCGACAUGACAGAGUGCGUUUAGUUGAAAGAGGCUCCCCACACAGCCUGCCCCUGAUGGAGUCAGGGAAGAUCCUGCCUGGUGUGAAAGUAAUUAUAGCUCACACAGAGACCAAAGGACCGCUCGGAGACUCUCAUCUUGGAGAGAUCUGGGUUAGCAGCCCCCACAAUGCCGCAGGAUACUACACAGUUUACGGUGAGGAGGCGCUGCACGCUGAUCACUUCUGCACUAAGCUGAGUUUCGGUGACACGCAAACCGUGUGGGCGCGAACAGGAUACCUGGGCUUUUUGCGCAGGACUGAGCUCACUGAUGCCAGUGGAGAACGGCAUGAUGCCCUGUAUGUAGUAGGAUCUCUGGAUGAGACACUUGAGCUCAGAGGGAUGCGUUAUCACCCCAUUGAUAUCGAAACCUCUGUCAUCAGAUCACACAAGAGCAUCGCUGAGUGCGCCGUGUUUUCGUGGACUAACCUGCUGGUGGUGGUGGUGGAGCUGGAAGGCUUGGAGCAGGAGGCUCUGGAUCUCGUUCCGCUCGUCACCAACGUGGUUCUGGAGGAGCAUUACCUGAUCGUGGGUGUGGUGGUGGUGGUGGACCCUGGCGUCAUUCCUAUCAACUCUCGCGGUGAGAAGCAGCGCAUGCACCUGCGUGAUGGCUUCCUCGCCGAUCAGCUCGACCCCAUUUACGUGGCCUACAACAUGUGAAACCAGGAAGUGAGAAAGUGAGACAGGACGACGUUUUUUCCUUCUGCACAUCUUGAUGAUGAGUGAACAUGAUGGAACUAUGCAGCGUGUGUGUGUGUGUGUUUUCCUCUAAGGAAGACUGUUGCCUCUGAAACAGUGUCUCCCCAUUUCAACUGACUGACAUUUUGGGUUUGUUGUUAUUUCAAAUAUCAGGUUCAAGGAAUAUUACAAUAUAUACAAAUGUCCUUUCAGGUUAAAUGUAAUUAACUUUUUUUGCACUGGAUUUAUGAUGCUAAUGUAGUUAUAAAUAAUGGAAGUCUGUCUCACCUAAAACCAUGCCUAAAUUGUUUUGUCAUAGUGAUUGGCUUAUAAUAAAUAGUGAAAUUUAAACUACUUCUACAUUACCUCUACAGUACCUUCAUAUUUUUGGAAACAGGUAUUUUUGGAAAAAGGGUUGAAUGUUACUCAUCUGCACUUAUUAUUUUAUUAUUUUAUUUCCAUUCUUCCAAGAUGGCCACCACCUGUAAUGUUACAGGAUGCAUCUCGAACAGCUCUAUAGCUCCCUAGCUGGAGAAUCAGUACAUCAGGUAAACAAAUUCAGCCACUGGUGAAGUCUCUGGCUCACUAGAACGCUGAUGACACUUGUGACAUUCUAAUUUCCUCAUCAGUUACUGCGAAAACUUAAAAUAAUUAAGUUUUGUAUGUCAUGUAAAUUUGUUAGCUUAAUCACACAAAUUUUUUUGUCAUGACACUUCAGGCAGGAUCACAGACUAGCUAGUAAAAGUUGAUUGAUUGACUCAAAUAAACAUGAAAUAAAGUUAAAAAUCAAAAUUUAAGUAUCAUUUUAGAGCUACAACAAUAACAGACUAUUACAUUUGUAGACGAAAUUGACUGAAAGUUUAUCCUCCUUUUUUUUUUGUCUAUUUUUUUUUUCAAUAUGAGAUGCUUCAGAAUAUAUGACUGAACAAUGUCUAGUAAGGGAACAUUGGGAGCUGUGAUGAAUUAUGGGAUUUUUUUAGGGGUGAAAAGAUUAUCCAGUUACUGAGAAAUACAGUACUAAGUCAUCGUGUAACGGAAGAGAAUGUUGUUGCUUAGUUACGCACUGUAAACAAACUCCUUGUAGCUUUUUACUUCUCUUCAUUCAUUAAUCCUUAUUUAAUCCAUUAUAUAUAAGUGAAUUUCCAUUCCCUCGAUUUUAUUCCAGAUUUAAUUUAAACUUCCCUAAAACGUGACUUAGCAACAUACGGUCACAAAAGUACUCCAUCAGGCAAGGAGUUGUGUGCAAUAUUAGCUAAAAAAAUGUGAUCCACAUUUAGAAAAUCUACCAGAAAUAUUAUCCCAUCUAGGUACCUUAGGAAUUCUCAUUUCGACACGCUGUGAUCUUGGAUACGCUAACUAUAAUAUCAUAUAGUAUUUAUUAAACAUAGUAACGAAGUUCUGUUAUUCAGUGAGUAUUUGUGUUCCUAUGUGUUGUCUUUUAGGCCUAAAUGUCUCUUACCAGCUUCAUAAUAGUAACAACGGGAGAUUAAUUUUCCGUCACACACAUGACUUGACCAAAAAAAAAAACAACAAUGGAUGUGGUUUGUGGAUGUUAGAUAAUAAUUUGUGGUGAGACAAACCUUCUGUUAUUGUUAUCUACAUGAGCAUCAUAUGUCUAGCAGGAAAAAAAAAACUAAAGAGACUUUGGAUACCCAACAUAUCUUGGCUGGCUGGCUUUGAUUUGAUUUUUAAAAACAACAAUGAGGAGUAUAUAUAACUCAUACAACACAACACAGCCCAGCCAUUACUGCUGAUCUUCAUAUUCAAUCCCAAAUCAGCACUUUACUCCAUCUCUCACUCAGAGACUUUCUGUGUUUUUUUUUUGCGGACCGAGCGAGCACAAAUGGAGAAGUCCGCUCUCAUCUCAGCUUCCUGAUCAAAGUAAAACAAAACAGUUUCAUCAUAUCCCAGCAGACUGACAUGCUUCAAAAUCUACAAGAGAUUUUACAGACUACCGAAAGUGCAAUAUGAAAGAUAAGAGCUGAUCUGAUAUAUUGGUGUAUGUACCGCAAUUAUUAUUAUGUGGGUUUGAUGCUCAGGAUUGCAGUUUUUCUCUUUUGCUUACACACAGUGUCACUGCUUUAAAAUACCUCAACACUAAUUAGGCUAGACACCUAGCACAACAAGACCCAGGCUGUGUUAUUAACCACAACAUAUCAGGUGAAUUAAUUUGCUUAUUAUGAAUAAGCGGCAGCUAUUUUUCAGGUGCUGACGCAAUUAGGCUACUGUUUGCGGAAUAUCAUGGCUAACUAGCAUGUUAGCUUUAGUAGCAUGCUAAUCACACAGGUCCUUAAGGUUACCUCUGUCUGUUCAUUUGAACCGCAUCAGGUUUAUGAAAACGCCAUGUUUGUCAAAUCUUUUAUGGAACUUUGCUCCAUAAUAUGUGGUGAUGCCCUCUAAUCUGUCCUAAAAUAUAUCUGUUUUUUCAGUGGCAGUGAAUGUUGUAGCUUUAAUCUUGUGUUCAGUGUGAAGUUGUUUGCAGUUCAUGAUUCCAGGAGUUUUAGGAAUAAGAAAUUAUUGUCACUCAUGGGUUAGACUCUGUCUAUAAGGUUUAUUGUACUUAUAUUAUAUUAAUGUAAGUAUUGCUGAUUAAAUAUUAAAUGGAUUUUCCAUGAGUAAAAAAAGUCUAGAACAUUCCUGAAAUAAUAUAAUAAAGCUUUCUUUUCUUUCAAAUCUCCUAAGUUUUAAAGAUUUAGCUCUAAAAUUACUAAAUUAUUAUUUUUUUUAGAAGUGAUAUUUUACUAAACAAUUAUAUAAAUAUAUAAAGGAAGGAAGAAAAAAGUCUGUAAGUGAAAUCUGGCACCAAAACAUUCUUUCUUUCUUUCUUUCUUUCUUUCUUUCUUUCUUUCUUUCUUUCUUUCUUUCUAUCUUUUAACCUUUAUAUUCAUUCCGUACAUUUCCCUAAAAUAUAUAAAAAAAAUAAGGAAUCUUGAAUUGACUGUCUGUAAGAGUGGAUGUGGAUGUGGAUGAUGCUACACAUGUCAGGGUUAAUAACACAGUCCUGUGUGUGCAUUUGAGAAAAACUGUAAAGAACUGCAUAUAAUAUCACCAUCAUUAAGCUGAUGCUUAUACUGUACAUGCAAAAGACUUCAACAAAACAAAAAUGCAACAGCAAACCAGAAAACUCAAGAUUAGUGGUGUAAAUCAGAUACAAAACUUAUAUUCAACACUGGAAACUGUGGUGUCUUGAUCAGGAAAAUAUAAGCAAUGUGUGAAAGAAGUACACAAUAAUGUGCCGGUGUAUGUGUGAUGGAUUCGGACGCAAAAGAACAUGCAACCAACACAAAAACUGUGCAUUAUUCUCAGACUACUGUGACUCCGAGUGAUGUGGCUGAAGCAUUGAGCUUUACAUUAUUCUCCUGUUAGCCAGUUGUGCUCUCAGAGACAUGUAACUCUUUAUAGCUCUGGUUGAGUUUUUAAAUCCUGGAAACGCCAUUACUGAAUAUAUGAACCUUCCAUCCGCUGUGGUGAUUUUUUUAUCCUGGACUGAAUCAGCAAGGAAAAGCCUGAAUGCUGAGAGACUGCAGCAUGCGUGCUUAGUGUUUUCACCUAUUUUCAGCUAGUUUAUAGUAUCAGUGCUGGUGUAUUGUACAGAUAUUCAGCACACUCUAAUGUUUCUGUCCACAAACCUCUCGCUGACUUAACGUCCCAGGAAACCAAAGUGCUUUCUACACCAUUACCUUAAAGUUUUAAGGGAAUCUUUCAGUUCCUGUCUGCAGCUAACUGCAGCCAUGGAUGCUUUUCCUGUACUAAUACAACAGAAAAACAACAUUCUAAUUCAGUUCAUGAUCAAAAGAAAGAAUUUAUUCAGAAAAGUAUAUGCUGGUUUCCUCACAUAAUAUAAGCAGUAUAUUAUGAUGAAUAAACUAUAUCAAAUUGAGAGCCUUUAAUCAAACAAAAUAAUCCAGUAAAGAGAAAUUCGUUCUUUUUAACAGCCUGGCUUUCUUUAGGCGAGUUUUUCAGCAUUUGCAUAAUCAACAGGUUGACUGAAUAUCUAACAUAAUAAUAAUAAUUAUAAUAAAGGCAUUAGUAGAUUAAUUUAGCCUCCAAGUCUAAACCUCCUCUGACUCUGUCUCUCAGACUGACAUGUGGUCUAGCCAAUCAGCAUCGAGCAUGCGAUGAUCAACAGUCUCGCUUAUGUGGUGCGUUUUCAAGGUUGUUGCAGUGUUGUUGCAGUGUUUUCUGGUUUGCUGUUAGUUCUUUGGUUUGUUGUUAUGUUUCAAACAGCAUCAACAUAAAGGUUACUCGUUCUUCAUCCGGCAUCUUGACAUGAGCCUUAAAUAUUUCCUGUUACCCGUAGACACAUUUCAUACCUUGUAUUUUUUUCUUAAUCAUUCCUAUCAGGGUUGCAGUGUGAAUCAUAUUUAAGAUAUUAUUACCGUUAUCUCCAUUAUACGUAUCUAUACGUCAUCAUGUCAGGCUCUUUGUUUCAUUGGUAAGUGUGUAACUGAGUUUUUGUAUCGAAACAGCAGAUUUAUACAUGUCUUAAAUUUUCUGCUUGAGCUUCAUGACCAUUCAUGACCUAAACUCGCAUGCAUCACACAUGAAAAUGAAUGUACUGGGGUGACAUUUUCCAAAGUGACUUAUGUACUGUGCUUUACUGAUACAGAAGCUAAUUUUUAAUCCACACCCACCCUUUUUUCCAGAACAUCAGAACGAAUGAGCAGAAACAGCAGAGUAACUUCAGGAAAAAACAAAAAUCUUGAGUACAGGUGUAAAGGGCUUCGUUUCAGUGCUUGUUUUUGAGUGUAAGAAUAGUCGCUUGUAUUUUUCAGAUCCAUUAGUCGCUGUAUAAUAAAAAAAAGGCCAGCAUUGUAAAGAGGAUGCUUAUUUCCAUGGCUGUAUUCUGUAUUUUUUUUUUUCUUCUUUUUUUUUGUGAGCUGUGUCAGGCAGUAAGCCUGCUGUAAUUAUGUACAGAAUUUGUGUAAGUUAUUACUGAGAUCCUAGAACAUGGUAGGAAUAGAAUAAGCCUCAGAGCUAACCAAAAUUUCACCAUUUCUUCACCAAACAUCAGCAAUGUAUAUGUAUGCUGUUUUUGUUCUGUUACACAACACUGGGAGGAUGCAGGGACUGUUUUUGUUUCCAGGAUUACAAAGCACAUGUGGUUUCCUCAGUGUCAAACCUGUUAACGAAUGUUCUGAGCAAUCAGCUGACAUGGCUUUUUGUCCUAUGUUAACAUGAUUUUUUUCUUAAUAAACAACUUGCUUUUAA